GUUUUGCUUUAUUGGCAGAUGACAUAUAGCAUGUUCUAGAAUAAGGAAUCAGCAGAACACGGUUUGGAAAAUGACGUCCAAUUGUUGGACGACUGAUCGAAUUGGAAGGGCGGUUGAGCACGACUGCUCCGUGAAUGGAUCAGAGAUAUCACAGAGAGACCACUCCUCCUGACACCCCUACCCAUAAGCUGAGGGUGAACUUGUUUAGCCACCUGAUUUUUCAGCAUGACUAGGGCGCCACCAUAAUUCUCCUUGAAUGUGGACAUCUUCCGGUUUGGAUUUCCAAACCAUUUUCAGACUGUUACAUGCAGGAGCUGCUCCUAACCUGUGCAGUAAAGACCUCGCCAGUAGAAUUUCAUCAUGUCUUAGCCCUCAAACAGUCAUUGUCACAGACACUGCUAUUAUUUGCUUGUGUCUUACUCUUACUGAGAAAAUCAUUACCAGACUAUCAUGUCAGAGUCUGCCACAAGAUGUCAGAAUAUUCUGUGAAGAUGUCAUGAGGAGUCUGUUUGGAAAAAUGAAUCUGAUGGCAAAACUGAUCUCCCUCUUCAGCUGCCAAGACCAACUGGUGUCUCAUUUAUCUGCAAAGUGUAUGUCAGCAUAUGUCAUCAAUGAUAUUUGCCUCAAUGGAAGUAGCUGCUCUCUUUGGAUACAGACAUGCUCUGAAGUGUUUCAGAAAUCAAAUCCCAGCAGUGAACUGGAUUUCUGUCUGUGGUCACUAACUGCUGUGAUUAAAGGAGUGCUGAGAGCAGAUUGCCAGAAUAAAAAUGAUGUUUUGACAAAGCUUCUUGCUGCACUGGAUGCGGACCUCAUUUGCUUGUACGCCAACAUUCUCCCUAAAGAAACAAUGGAACCUCAUAAAAUCAAAGUGAAAAAUCUUUGUAAAACCAAAUGUGUGUUCUUUGACCUCCUUGAAGUCCUCAGUGCUGCUCGGCUCAGAUGUGGGGUCUGUUCUUUUGUUCAGAGAACUAUAUUCAUUCAGUCACGAGCACUCCUGCAUGUCAUGAGAGCUGACGUGGACUAUUUAGUAAAGAAACGAGCAUUACUUCUUCUGAAGAGAACUCUCCUGCGGAGAGCAGGUGAAGACUGGACAUUAGGUGAUGUGCACUUUGCAGCGCAUGAAGAUGGCAGAUUGACUGACGACAUGCUGUCCAUGGCAAAAGCGGUAUUACAGGAAGUGGAGGCUGGCUGGCUCAAGGAAGUUCCUGUGAAAACUCGGGCCAGCUUUUUUGGUGGAAACUGUAAUGUGGGUCUCAGUGGCACACAAAAAGAUGACGUCAUGCUGAGAGCAUUGAGCCUGAUUUUGCUGAAGUCGCUAGAAAUAAACAUUCAGUUUUCUUGUGUGAAAGAAACUCAGAGUAACAUUGACAUUCAGCAGUAUUUAACAGAGCUCAUAUCAUUCCUCAUACGUCAUGGGACUACUCUGUCUCAAGACACUCACAGCUGUUCCUGGGUGUAUUUAGUGUUUGCUGAGCAGGAUGAUGACAUGAUGGAGUCAGCCAAAGCCUUGAUUGCCUUGUAUUUGUACCAGAAAAGUUUGAGUUCCUCAGACUCAGGGGUUUGUGCCUGGGGCUGUAAUCCCCACUGUCAUUUUAUACUCCUGCUCCGGUUCAUCUCCUUUGACUCCAGUGUGCUACUAGACUUCCUCAUCUCCACUGACACUUGUUUCCUGGAGUACUGCGUUCGUUACCUGAAACUUCUCUGUGAUGACUGGAUGGGGUUUUGUAGGUCUUGUCAUCAUAUUGAAGAUUGUGAUGAUACAACUGUGACGUUUAAAGUUCUGUCUGAUAUUGCAGAAACAUCUGAAUCCUCUCAGAUGUCUGUUUCCUGCACAAGAACUUCAACGGUAAUUGAUGUCAGAGACAGCCAAGUUUCACAUCUGGUUGAUUAUGAGAGCUCAGAUGAAUCUGAGGAGGCAGAAGUGAGCAUUUUUAACAGCAAUACCAAGGUAGAUUCUGGUAGGGCAGUGGCAGAAGCAACUUUUUGCCCAUCUGUAACAGCAUUAGAACAGGUUCAGACUGAACAUGUGUCUGAAUAUCUGUUUGGUAAUGUGGUUGUGUGUCUUGUUGAUCUGAGGACUGCAAUAGCGAGACUGCAUAACAGGGGUCUAUUCCCCUACAACCCUACCUCACUUCUAAAACUGUUAAAUAACAUAGAACCAAAGAGAAACAUGGUUAGUUAGACCUAGUCUCAAACCUAUAAAAUGGAAAAAUGUAUAACCAGAUCCACAUGGAAUCUGCAGCCGUAUAACUUCACAGAAUGUUCUGCAUAUUUCCGGGCAAUUGGAACACUAUUCACAUCUUCCACCCAUUGUGUGUUUGUUAAUUUAAUACUUUGGUUAAUUUCUAAAUGCUUUCAGCUACUUGGAGUUUAAUAUCCUCAGCUCUGUUUUACCAUAUUUAAACCCAUUCUAUAUAAUUCUGCUGAUUUCUUCAUUAUAUCAAUACAGAAAAUGCAAAAAAAAAAUUGUUUUUAUUAUUUUUCUGUCCCUUUACACACUGGUGUGAGACCCACGGUAGUUCUCGACCCAUGCCAGGUAGACGCCCUUGCGCACGAAAUUCAGGUGUUGCUGCACAAAGUCUUUUAUCCAACACCUAUAUCACCCAUGUGAAAAAUGAUCUGCCCCCUUAAACUUAAUUGCUGGUCAUGCCACCUUUAGCAGCAACAACUGCUACCAAACAUGUCCGAUAACUGGAGGUCAGUCUUUCACAACGCUGUGGUGGAAUUUUGGUCUGAUGACCAGGUAUGGCAUCAUGGUGCCACCUCAUAGAGGCACGAAAUCACUGUCCCGGACUUUUACCUUGACUGUUCCCCAAUGCUGGAAUUACCUGCCUAAUUCCACCCAAGCAGCUGUGUCUUUAGCCUCUUACAAAAAACAGUUAAAGACACAUCUUUUUUUUUUUGAACAUCUAGCCCAUUUAUACUAACGCACUACCUUCAUGUUCUUUAAAAAUAAAAAAAAGAAAACCUUAACUUGCUGAGUGUACCAAACUAUGUGAGACUUGUAUUAUAGAACUUAUUAUAUUGUUGCCCCUUUUGUUGGAUUAAAUGCUUCUAUUGUUCUCUUCAUUUGUAAGUCACUUUGGAUCAAAAUAUCUGCUAAAUUUGUUGCCCCUUUUGUUGGAUUAAAUGCUUCUAUUGUUCUCUUCAUUUGUAAGUCACUUUGGAUCAAAGUAUCUGCUAAAUGAAUAAAUGUAAAUGUAAAGUAGAUAUAGAACUAGUCAGCCAGGUUUAUUCCAGGGAAUUUUUUUCCACACAAAGAAAGACAAAGUGCUUUGGCCAAUUUUACAUUUAUGGAAUUUAAACAAUUUUCUAAAGUUCCGGCAUUAUGAAUGUUGUGCACAGCAGACGUGUUACAGACUGUCGUGCCACAAAAUUGGUAUGACGAUAGAUUUAAAGGACGCCUAUUUUCAUAUUCCUUUAAUUUUUGGGUCAAAUAUUUAAGUUCAGAUUUCUGCCGUUUUUACUCCCUUUGGCACCAAGGUUUUUUCGAAGUGUGUCCACUACCGCCACUACAAAGGAACUGCAUUAGAGUGUUGCUGUACCUGGAUGAUCGGCUUGUCUGUGUGGCAUUACCACAGCAGGUAAUAUAGAUCAAUAUCGCCUGGACCGUAUUAUGGCUCUAGGGCUCACAGAGAAUUGAGACCAGGGUUAUUUUCGUACACUAAAAUAAAUAUUGCAAAAUAAAUGAAAAACUAAACGAAACAAGAGUUAUUGAUAAACUAUGAUAAAAUAAUAAUGAAUAUGAAUAAAAGUGUAUUUUCUUCAUAAUCAUCGAGGUCUAUGUGAAGACCUGCAGAUGGCGAUGUGAUGCAUGUGAGGUUAGCUGAUACGGACACUGAAGACAAGCGACAUGAAUGAUGGCUGGUAGGAAGCGACAGAGCCUUUUGUGGGACUAUCUAGAGUUUUAUUAUGAAACUAGUGAAAGUAAAUGCAUUGUCACUUUCGAUCAUAUGGCUUGUGGUGUUGAAAUUAAAGUAAAAAAUCCCACAAAUCUGAAAGUACAAUUGCAAAGCAAUCAUCGAGAGGGGUGAGACUGAGCAGAGUCUGACCUUGUGUUUCCAAAGAUCUGAGGUUUGGGCAACAAGUUCAUAUGAAUUUAAGAAAUAUGAAAACACGCUUUUCAUAUAAUGUUAGUCUUGUACCAAGAACAAGGAGUAGACUUUUACCCCGUAACUUCAAUCUACUGGGGCGAUGCAGCACCACCAAUGAGUGGAUUGCAUUUUGUGUUUUUAGUUUAAAAAUAAGUAUGCUACAGUCAUAGAUUCUCUCUAAAUGUGUACGGAGCAGCAGGAGGCGCUGACCUGAAGGCAAGAUAGACAGUUCAGUGUUCUGAGAUCAGAACAUUCGUUUAGACCGGGAUGAGAUAUUUGCUAACCGAUCAUAGUUUCUGUUUUAGUAAGGGACAGGACAUUUGUAGCAUCUAAAGGGAAAUGCUGAAAUGACAGCAGCUAUAUUCAUUAUAAUUUGCGCUGUUACUUCACUGCUA